AUGUGUCCUGCAAAUCGGCGCCUGGAGGGCUGCGUCACUCGACCCCGUUCGGAGGAGGAAAGCGGCCGAAGUGACGUACGCUGCCGACGAAUGCGUCCUUAAGCAUGCAGCCUUGGGAAUUGAGACGUGCCCACAGCAUCACGUGCUUGAGAAGGUAGAGGCGGAAGUGAAAACUCUUAUCUUCCGUUCCCGUCCUUUGCUGGUCACCCUUCCUCGGAUAUUCUACACCAACUGGAGCUGGCGCUGCUGUGUUGAGGCUCCUCGGGACGGCGAUGGAUUGCGGUGGAGCCAGUGAGCAGCCCGGACGAGGUAGAAGACCCGGUCAGCCCUCUGGGACCCCCGUUGCUGCCAAGGGCCAAGCAGCACAGAGCGGUCAGAGGUCCCAUGUCAAGAUAACUCCCUUCCACAGCUCACCCAUACUCAACAGCAAUGAUGCCCUCGGCAGCAAAGGGCCAGGAGCCGCCUCUGGGAGACCGCUGGCUGCUCCGGGGGGCCAGUUUCUGGACACACUCGGAAGUCUGAAUGUCAGACGGAGACUCUCUGCUCCUGGAAGCCACGAGCAACCAACUCCCACUUCAGGAUCUAUCCCGACCUUGACUGGAGAAAACGCACAUCCUCCUGCCAGGAAAGCAACAAAGUCCAGCUCGGAGCUCCGUCCCGGCCGCGUGGACAAGGAGCAUCGAGCGGUCUCCACCCUCACCUCCAUCAAGCCUCCGUCUGCUGUGAAGAGAAGAAAGCGGAAGAUGGGAAUAUACAACCUGGUCCCCAAGAAGAAAGCCAAGGCCCUUAAACAGCAGGAGAAGAAAGAGGAACCAGGACCUACUGUGGUGCCUAACAGAGCUGCUGGGGAUAAGAAAUUAGGGAUUGUACCAGAGUAUCAGAAAGCAGGAGAACCAAAGGCUGUGAAGAAUCUAUCGCUGGAGGUGGAACCAGGAGUAGACUGCCAUGUUGAGUACACAGAGCUGGCCUUGGACUGUCUGGAUCUGAAAGCUCAGGAAGAGCUGCUAUCUCCCCCCUUGACAGGUGUAGUAGCAGAUGCUGCGGUGACAGAAACAGACCUGGCUGAGGAGUUGCCACUAUGCUGCUGUCGUCUGGAGACUCCUCACAGCGGAGGCAACGUGUCCUCUAUAGAUCAGAGCUGCAUGGCCAUGGAGAGCACUGAUGGAAUGCUGGUUCGUUGUCAGAGGCGAGUCACGAAGCAGGAAAUGAUGCGACCCUCUAACACGGUGCACCUUCUGGUUCUGUGUGAGGAGCACCGGGCAGGCAUGGUGAAGCACCACUGCUGCCCCGGCUGUGGACUCUUCUGCAGGGCGGGCACCUUCAUGGAGUGCAGGCCGUACGGCAGCAUCUCCCAUCGAUUUCACCGCGACUGUGCUUCCAUCUUGAGGGAACUCCGGUUUUGCCCUCACUGUGGAGAAGAUGCCAGCGGUGCCAAAGAGGUCACAGUGUCCAGGGCCGACCCAUCUCCCUCUGUACCCAGAUCAAAUCCUGGGCCCACACUCUCUGCCGUGGCCACUCUGCCUUCAGUACCAACCAUGCCUGCUGUUCCACAGAUACUCCGAGCGAAGAAGACCAGCGAGCCCCAGAGGGGCAGGGACGAGAGCCGCAGCGGUGUAAACAGUGCAGCCAUGUCUGUUGCAAACAGACAACCAAAAGAGUCCCUGGAGAGUAUCCUGAUGGCCCUGGAUGAUGAGAACCUGAAACCAAAGAAAGUGAAGUACCCCCCCCGACAGCUGUACAUCUCUGCGAAAGAAGGAGAGCUCCAGAAGGUCGUUCAUCUCCUAGUUGAUGGAAAGGACCCCAACUUCCUGAUGGAGGGCCAAAACAAAGGCACCCCUCUGCACGCAGCUGCUGCUGAGGGUCACCAGGAGAUCUGUCACAUGCUGGUCCAGGCUGGAGCCAACCUAGACAUGUUUGAUGAGCAGCAGAGGACCCCGCUGAUGGCGGCUUGUGAGAACAACAAUGUGGAAACUGUGAAGUACCUGCUGAGGGCUGGAGCCUCCGUGGGCCACAAGGAUAUCAUUGGUUUCACCUGUCUGCAUCUGGCUGCUAAACUGGGGCAUUGUGACAUUGUCCAUCAUCUACUCGCCAAAGCAUCCAAAUACAUCAACUGUCAGGACGAUGGGGGAUGGACUCCCAUCACAUGGGCCAUUGAGUGCAAACACAAGGAGCUGGUCCACCUGCUGCUAGCUAAAGGGGCAGAUGUUAACCUCAGAGACAAGGAGGAGAAUGUGUGCCUGCACUGGGCAGCCCUUUCGGGAUGUGAUGACAUCGCCCUGGCUCUGCUGGAGGCCCAAUGUGACCUUAACGCUGUUAACGUACAUGGGGACUCUGCGCUUCAUGUUGCUUCCAGAGAAAACCACUUGGAGUGUGUGAUUUUGUUUCUGUCUCGUGGAGCCGACAUCAAUCAGAAGAACAAGGAGGGAGAGACUGCUUUAGACUGCUGCGUCUUUGGCUCCAAGGUGUGGACAACCCUGAACACAAACAAGAAGCUGACGGAUGCCAGCAGAGGCCGGGACAGUCCUGGAGAGAGGCUGCUCAGCAGGGAUAUCUCUCGGGGGUACGAGGCAGUUCCUAUUACCUGUGUUAAUGACGUCGACAGCGAGCCAAUCCCUGACAACUUUAAAUACAUCCCUGACAACUGUGUCACCUCCCCCCUGAACAUUGACCGGGACAUCACUCAUUUACAGCACUGCAGCUGUAGAGAGAACUGCUCAUCCAGUACCUGCAUGUGUGGCCAGCUCAGCCUGCGAUGCUGGUAUGACAGUGAGGGUCGACUGCCUCUGGACUUUUGUCAGAGGGAGCCACCGGUGCUGUUUGAGUGUAACCAUGCCUGCUCCUGUUGGAGGACCUGCAGGAACCGAGUGGUCCAGAAUGGACUGAGAGCCCGGCUGCAGCUCUUCAGGACACAGAAGAUGGGCUGGGGAGUGAGGGCCAUGCAGGAGAUCCCUCAGGGAACAUUCAUUUGCGAGUACGUCGGGGAGAUCAUCACUGAUGCAGAGGCCAAUAAAAGGGAGAACGACUCUUUCCUCUUCACCCUCGACAAUAAGGUUGGAGACGUUCAUUGCAUUGAUGCGAGACUCUUUGGCAAUGUUGGUCGUUUCAUCAACCAUCUGUGUGAGCCCAACCUGUUGGCUGUGAGGGUGUUCACCAUGCACCAGGAUCUCCGCUUCCCCAGAAUAGCCUUCUUCUCCAGCAGGCCUAUCAAAGCUGGAGACCAGAUAGGGUUUGACUACGGCGAUCACUACUGGAGGGUGAAGAGCAAGUACUUCAGCUGCCAGUGUGGGUCUCUCAAGUGUCUCCAAUCUGCCGGAAGCAGAUAGGAAUUCAUCAAUCCUUCUCUCUGCCUGGACACAUUCAGAAACACACUCUUCUGAUUUAGAUGCCACGCAACAGUGAUGCUUUGAUUAUAUGCAUACCAAUGGGAUUUUCUUGACUUCCCAUUUGUAAAGCAACUUUUACAAAAUCUGUCAUCUCACAGCACAGGAUCUAACUUAUCCAUAGACCCAAUGAGGUCACGUUUUAUAUGAAGGACCCUGUAGCUCAGUGGUCCCCAACCACCGUGUUGGUACUGGGCCGCACCACAUAAAAAAUAACUUUUUAUUUUUUGUCAUUUUACUUUUUUUCUGAAAAAUGUUUUAUUUUAAAAUUGACCAGAGUCUCUCCUAGUUAUGUGCGCUCGUCCGUCUUGAUACAUUUCCUAAGCGUCACCAAGCAUUUUAUUUUUGUUGUCCACUCCUCUCUGUGCACGGAAGUUCCGCCCCCUGUUGGCCGUUUUUUGUUGUUGUUUAUCUGCCACGCCUUCAAGAUCGGUCUGCGAAAUGUUGUCGAACAUAAAACCGGUUCGUAAAGCAAAAAGAGUUGGGGUCCGCUUAUGUAGCUCUUCCUUUCAAUAAUGCAGAUUGAAAUAUUUGGGGAUAUUCAAAGUGAAGUAAAGUGAAGAAGUUGAUGAACACACAUUUUACUACAUUUCUAAUUAGCAAUUAAACCCAUUGGAAAGCUGUUUUCAUCUUAUUUGUUUUGUAUUAAUUAGUUUUAUUAUUGUUAUUUGCUCGCUCCAGAAGGACUUUUGCUCGGGAAUGUUGAAUGAUUUGCGCUCUCGCAUUUCAUAAUCUCCACCUGUAGUGGGGGAAAAAAACUGAGAUUAGACAAAUGUAGAUUUAGAUAUUUUUUUAGGUUUUCCAGGAAUAAUAAUUACAUGAAAUAAAUAAAGUAUAAUAAAAUAAAACUGACAAAUCCAAAUGCAGCUCCAUCAUUUUUUGCAACAUUAUAGUGACACAAGGGAAACCUUCCAGCUCCUUUCAUGUCAAUGUGUUCAUAGAUCUUAGCUCAAACAUAUGCCUGUUUAAUCAUCAAGGUCAUCUUCAUCAACCAUACAGUCCUCAUGGAACUGUAACUAAAUGAUCAUGUUAGAAUGACAUUUUUGCUUUCAGUCCUACAGCGUUUUUAAAUAAAAUAAUUUCAUUGCCUUUUUACAAUUGUUUUUCGUAUCAUACCAGAGGAUGUGUAGUCUGUUAGUUUCUAAAGUAUUUCCAUUAUUGUUGAGCUACAUGUUUUUAACCUUCGCAAUAAUACAUAUAACAUGACCAUGUCAAACGGUUCCUCGUAAGGUAUAAUUGUAUUUUAAUUAGUCAGCUUGAUGCCUAAAUUGAUUUAUUUUUCGUCAAUAAAUACUUUUUAAAAAUGU